AUAUUCUUCCAAUGCUUUCCUCCUCCUACCACUCUCGUGCAUCUGUCUGGAAUCAUCUUGAUUCUUCGGUGUCUAGACUGUGGAGUGUCGAUCCAUUUUGGCAAUCAAGGAAGAGGGAAGUGAGUGUGUUGGUUGUUGAAGGAUGGGAGGUAAGAAGGAAAUGGAUGUGGUGAAGGGGCUAGAUGUGGAGAGGUACAUGGGCCGCUGGUAUGAAAUCGCGUCCUUUCCGUCGAGGUUUCAGCCGAAGAACGGGAUCAACACCAGGGCCACCUACACCCUCAACGACGACGGCACCAUCCAUGUGCUGAACGAGACGUGGACGGACGGGAAGAGAUCCUACAUUGAAGGGUCGGCCUACAAGGCCGACCCCAAGAGCGACGAGGCUAAGCUGAAGGUGAAGUUCUACGUGCCGCCCUUCCUGCCCAUCAUCCCUGUGGUUGGGGACUACUGGGUUCUCUACAUCGAUCAGGACUACCAGUAUGCCCUCAUUGGUCAGCCCUCUAGAAAUUACCUUUGGAUACUAUGCAGGCAACAACAGCUUGAUGAGACGAUCUACAAUCAGCUGCUUGACAGGGCCACACAGGAGGGAUAUGAUGUAUCUCGUAUCCACAAAACACCGCAGACUGAGCCGCCCCCUGAAGCAGGUCCUGUAGACACCAAGGGCGUCUGGUGGUUGAAGUCCAUUUUGGGCAAGUGAUAGGCCCACUGCCUCUGAUGUUUGUUUGGUUUGAGUCCUUUCCUCUUCUUGUAAAUGGUUCCCUCUGAAAUCUGAAUACCUGCCUCUUGAACCUUAGGCGAGACCUUUUUCAUGGCUGUCUGUGUAUUUAUGUUUUAAGAACUCUUUUGCUUUGCACAUCGUAUAAACUGUGUUGCUUGGAAUUUGUAUUCUGUAAUGGCUGUACAUAACUAAAAACUCUUUGGGAAAGAUAAGCGUCUUAUGGUGUUUUAUUA